AUGCCAGCACUCAAAUGGCCUGCUGCAAGUAUAAAUAAACCACCGGGUGUGGCAAUCGAAGGAGGCAAUACGAACUUGGAACUUCCAUCGCUAAAUCGCUACGGCCCAAAAUCUCGAUGGAUCGAAAUUUAUUCGACUAGCAACAGCUCAUCAUCCUACAAGGUAGAAAGUGACAUCUGGGUAAACGCUACUCCAUUGAAUGGAACAAUCAAAGCACCAGGUGAUACCGCAGAUCAACGCGUUCUGCUCUCCAUCAACUGGGAAACCGCACCAAUAGGAAAAACAUCAUCCAAAGUCAAGAUCACUGCCGGCUCAACUACCGCAACUAUCACCCUCCCAAUCGACAACUCCCAAAUCUCAGAAGCAUAUACCGGCUUUGUGGAAAGCAACAAAACAAUCAGCAUCGAGCCUGAGCAUUACACCACCGCAACCUCCUCAUCCACAGCUUCCUACGGAAUCAUCCCUGGCUAUGGCCGCACCCUCUCAGGAGUAACACUCUUGCCCAUAACAGCUGACAGCCAAACACCCCCUGCAUCCCCAAAACUAAGCUAA